AUGUCGAAGUCUCAACGCAACGAAGAUGGUGGUCAGGAGAGGGAGGAGGAAGUUCGGAGAGACACUGCCAAGAAACGUGAUAAAAGUAGAGUAAGGAAAUCUUUUUCUAACCCACCUGUUUGUGGCAGAAGCCUUGGGGAAGAAGGAGAAGUUUCCAAAACCAGCCAACUCGACGAGAAGAUCAUCAAAGUUAAGGCUGGUUUGUCGGCCUUGAAUAGGAGACUUGUGGUUUUUGAAAAUAAUUUUAGUUCUCUUGAAACGGUUGCUCUUGAGGGCCUUGAUGAGGUGAAGAGUAACCUUGAAGAGCUUGAAGAGGUUGAUGAGACUUCCAGUGUGGGAGUUGUUGGUCCCGUUACAGUUCGUGAGACACAUAUCGAAGCUCCUAAGCCAAAGGAGUUUCAUGGUGAAAGGAAUGCCCAAGAUGUUGAGAAUUUCUUGUGGCAAAUGGAUGCUUAUUUCAAGCAUGUUUGCAUGACUAGUGAGGCCGCCAAGAUCCGAACAACGGCUAUGUAUAUGGGUGACACCGCUAUGUUGUGGUGGCGGAGGAAAAAGACGGACAUGGAGAAAAGAGUUUGCACCAUCGAUGAUUGGGAGCAAUUCAAAGGGGAGAUAAAGCGACAAUUUUACCCUCAAAACAUUGUAUAUGAAGCUCGUAGGAGGUUGAGGGAAUUGAAGCAGACAUUCUCUAUUCGUGACUAUUCUCCAAAAUUGGGCCAAACAAGAACUUCAAGGCGACAAGUCCAUGACGUUGAUGAAGCGAAGGGGAUGGACAAUCAGAGCAAAAAUGUUCCUCCCAUGGUGGAUAACAACCGGAACAAGAACACACUAGUUCCCAAUCGACGCAGCGAUGUGCGAGGUAACAAUCAUAAUCAGCCUUCUAAUUUCUGCAAAAGCUAUGAGGAUCGUAAGAAAGGCAUUCCACAUCGUGAGGGCUGUUAUAUUUGUGGUGAGACUACUCACGCUGCCCGUUAUUGUCCGUCGUUGAGUAAGUUAAGUGCAAUGGUUGCUGGCCAAAAGCAGCAAGAGCAGGCUGCUGCGCAGAUCGGAGGACUAUCCGGGGAGCAAACUGGGCUGACUGGUGGGGAGGAUAGGGUAAAAAACGUUGUUGUUGGCAUGUUUAAUCAUAUGACGUUAUUUAAUCACAUGACACUUGCUGCAUUGGCUGCCCAGCCAGCUAGUGUAAGGCCGCGCGAAUCACUGUUCGUCAAUGCCAAGUUGAAUGGAAAAGACGUUCGAAUUAUAGUGGACACUGGUGCAACACAUAACUUUGUAACAAAGGAAAGGGCCAAGGAACUUUGUUUAAAUUAUGUUACCAGUGAUACGAUGUUGAAAACCGUCAACGCUCUCCCCACUACUGUCCAUGGUUUCGCUCCUAAAGUACCCAUAAAUUUAGGAGGGUGGAAGGGGUUGACGAACUUCACCAUUGCGCCCAUGGAUGUGUUUGACAUUAUUUUGGGGCUGGACUUUUGGUAUGAGGUUAACUCAUUUAUUUCACCGUGCCUCAACCAACUUCACAUCAGCGAUGCCGGAGGUUCUUGCGUGGUACCCCUUAUUCGAGUACCGCAAAAUGGGAUGCACUUGUCCGCCAUGCAGAUUGUUAAGGGCUUUAAGAGAAGGGAACCAACCUUUCUUCCUGCCCUUGUUGGAGACUCGAUUGAGGCAAUAGCUUUGCCUCCUUGUAUUGAGCAGGUCCUUUUUGAUAACAAAGACUUGAUGCUAGAAGAACUUCCCAAAUGGUUGCCACCACGAAGGGAAGUUGAUCACCAAAUUGAGUUGGUUCUCAGGGCAAAGCCACCUGCCAUGACGCCUUAUCGUAUGGCGCCCCCAAAAUUGGAAGAACUUAGAAAGCAACUCAAGGAGCUGCUGGACGCGGGACAUAUUAGGCCUUCUAAGGCGCUUUUUGGUGCACCUGUUUUGUUCCAAAAGAAGAAGGAAGGGACAUUGUGGUUGUGUAUUGAUUACCGAGCCCUCAACAAGGUCACGGUAAAGAACAAAUAUCCCAUUCCUUUGAUCGCCGAUUUAUUUGAUCGUUUGGGGCAGGCCAAGGUGUUCACAAAGAUGGACUUGAGGAAGGAUUAUUACCAAUUUUUAGUUAUUUAUUUGGACGACAUUGUCGUUUAUAGCAACAACAUGGAGGAGCAUGUUGAGCACUUGUGCAAAGUGUUCAAGGUCUUGAGUGAUAACGAUUUGUGUGUGAAGCAGGAGAAAUGCAGCUUCACACAACCCACUGUCCAAUUCCUUGGGCACACUAUUAGCCAUGGGGAAAUAAGGAUGGACAACGAUAAGGUGGAGGCAAUUUGGGAUUGGGAGGCUCCAACGAAGGUGCCAGAAUUGCGGUCCUUUCUUGGCCUCGCUAAUUACUAUCGGCACUUCAUAUUUGGCUAUUCUGAUAUUGCUACUCCACUCACCGACUUGCUGAAAAAGAGUCGUGAGUGGGACUGGACUGAUUUGUGUCAAGAUGCCUUCGAAAAGCUCAAGGCAGCCAUUAUCAAUGAGCAGGCUUUUGGCGCUGCCAGAUUUCACUAA